UGGCCUUGUCACUAUUAUUCUUUCUGUAUAUCACUCUCUUCUCUUCUCUUCUCUUGUCAGGGUUAAGAACUUUUCUACAUUUUGAUUCUGCUUAUAAUUAGGCUCUUGCAAUUUUCCAUCUCUUUCAAUCUUGCUGACUGGUACAUAGAUGUGCAUUAUUGCCGCACGAUUUUCAUGAAUUUGAUUGGGAAUAAUUGCAACCCACCCGACCCGGUUCGGUUUUUUUUAUUUUUAUUAUUUUAGGGUUUAGCUCUGUUGUUGAGUUUGAUUUUUGAUUUUUGAAGAAGAAGAAGAAAACCCUAGUGAUUUUUGUUAAUUGGUUUGAGUUAGUGAUUGAUCGAAUAAAUGGGGUCUUAUAGGCCUUUCCCUCCUCAAUCGAGUCAAAACCCUAUCGCAGGAACUCAACAACGUGCGAAUCAUCAUCAGUAUAAUCACAAUUGGGUUGGUUAUGGUGGAGUUGGAGUUGCAGAUCCCUCUUCUUCUUCUUCUUCUUCAUUCCCUCAAAUCCCUCCUAAUUCCAAUUAUCCUCAUCCUCAUCAUAAUCAUCAUCAUGCUGGAUAUGCUCCUCCUCCUAAUUCACACCACUAUCCAUAUCCACCACCUGUACCACCUCCUCCGCCGCCGCCGCCGGAAACUUCAUACCAGCCUCCACCACCACCACCACCACAACCACAACCUCAACCUCAACCACCUGUUUAUUAUCCUUCUAAUAAUCAGUACAACCACCAGCCACCACCACCACCUCCUCCUCCUUUGUCUCCUCCACCACCACCCAGUUCUUCUAUCCCACCUCCACCUCCACCGAGUUCACCACCACCUUCUUCAGCUCCCUACAAUAACGAGGAGAGGCGUUUGCAUGAUCGUAGUAAAGGGCCGUUGAAGGAACCUUCCACGUCUGGUAGGCGCGAAUUCGAGCAUUCCAAUCAUAGACAGCACAAGCCUUCUGCUGUUGUUCCUCCUCCCAAUCAUGGGAGGGUUGAGACUGAGGAAGAAAAGAGGUUGAGAAAAAAGAGAGAGUUUGAGAAACAAAGGCAAGAAGAAAAGCAUAGGCAGCAGCUUAAGGAAUCCCAGAACACUGUUCUGCAAAAGACUCAGAUGUUAUCAUCUGGGAAGGGGCAUGGUUCAAUUGCAGGUUCUCGAAUGGGAGAAAGGAGACCUACUCCCUUAUUGAGCGGUGAGAGGAUUGAAAAUAGGUUGAAAAAGCCCACAACGUUUUUGUGUAAGCUCAAAUUCCGAAAUGAACUUCCGGAUCCAAGUGCACAACCUAAGCUUAUGGCGUUCAAGAAAGAUAAGGAUCAAUAUGCAAAAUAUACAAUCACAUCUCUGGAAAAAUUGUACAAACCCAAACUUUUUGUGGAGCCAGAUCUUGGGAUACCUCUGGACCUGCUUGAUCUCAGUGUUUACAAUCCUCCUAGUGCCAGACCACCUCUUGAUCCAGAAGAUGAAGAAUUGUUGCGAGAUGAUGAAGCGGUUACUCCUAUAAAAAAAGAUGGCAUAAAAAGAAAGGAGAGGCCUACUGAUAAAGGUGUAGCUUGGCUUGUCAAAACACAAUAUAUAUCUCCUUUAAGCAUGGAAUCGACAAAACAGUCUUUAACUGAAAAACAAGCUAAGGAGCUGAGAGAGAUGAAGGGAGGCCGCAGCAUUUUGGAAAAUCGUAACAAUAGGGAAAGACAAAUCAGGGAAAUAGAAGCAUCAUUUGAAGCAGCUAAGCGAUCACCUGUUCAUGCAACCAACAAAGAUUUGUAUCCUGAUGAGGUUAUGCCAUUGCUGCCUGAUUUUGAUAGGUAUGAUGAUCAGUUUGUUGUUGCCGCAUUUGAUAAUGCUCCUACAGCUGAUUCAGAAAUGUACACUAAGUUAGACAAAUCUGUUCGUGAUGCCUAUGAAUCAAAGGCAAUUAUGAAAAGUUAUGUUGCAACAAGCUCAGAUCCUGAUAAUCCUGAGAAAUUUUUGGCAUACAUGGCCCCAACACCUGGAGAGCUAUCAAAGGAUAUAUAUGAUGAAAAUGAAGAAACCACGUAUUCUUGGGUUCGGGAGUAUCGUUGGGAUGUUCGGGGUGAUGAUGCAGAUGACCCUACAACAUUCUUAGUUUCGUUUGAUGAGUCAGAAGCACGUUAUUUGCCUCUUCCGACUAAACUUGUUUUAAGAAAAAAGAGGGCUAGAGAGGGAAGAUCAGGUGAUGAGGUUGAGCAAUUUCCAACACCUUCAAGAGUGACCGUAAGGCGGAGGUCAAGCGUUGCUGCAAUUGAGCGGAAGGAUUCUGAGGGCAAUUCCUCAAAGAGAAGGCGUCUAGAAAUGGAUGAUGAUCUCGAACAGCAACCGCACCAGGACAAUUAUCAGUCUAGUGGAGGAGAAGAUGACAUGUCUGAUUGAUUUUUUCUAUGCAAAUACUGCUGCUUUAAAGCGAAUUUGUCCAAUGACGUGGUGGUUGGGAUUGGCGGCAGAUAGCUGAAUUUGUGUGGUGGCCUUGGUGUUUCAAUGAAGGAUAACCAAUGACAAAUCCCAUAUUUUUGUAUGUCUAUUUUAACCUAAUGCAUAUACUUUCAGAUUGUAGGCAACUUUUAAAUUAUAUAGAUUUUCUUUACAAUACCAUUAAAAUAGAAAAAAUUGAGAAAUAAUGAAAUGUAAAAAGCAUGUCAGACUAAAUGGAAUCCUGUCAUUGAUUAGAGUGUUUUUAGCGAACAUAUUUUGCUCACCAAUGAAAUUGCCCUCGACCCCGUUCUC